CGAAUUCAAGUGGCGCACAUCUUAGAUGUACCGAUACGCUUGUUCCCACGAGUCUUAAAGAGAUAGCUUGCACUCGCAAUAUCGCUGUCCUUCACAGAGCAGUAACAGUCAUAUUAUUUCGGUCGGAAAACAUAGAAUGCAGGCGUUUUUCGGACUGGCAAUCCUAUGCUUGCUUGAUUUACAAACUUCUAACUCAGUGGCUACGGAAAAAGUUGCACAAUAUUUUACUUCCACCGUUCCUACUUUCAAGACCGAAGAAUCAAACAGCACUUUAAUGAAAGAGAACAAUGCGAAAUACAGCAGAGAAACUGAGUCUUCCGAUGAGUUGAGGACGGAAAAACGAUUUAUUCCUCUGGUUGCACUUCUGGGCGCAAUACUUCCUGUGGCUUUGCCGCUGUUAGCAAAAGGAGUAAAAUGGGUGGCCUCAAAAUUCUUUGGGCCGAAAGAACCGCCAAAUGAACCUGUCACAGAAAUUGAGGAUAUGUCCGAAAAUUCAAAACUCGCUCUGACCGACAGACUGAGAAAAUCAGAUCAGUUUCAUUUCGAAGCAGAAGGAAGGAACCAGCCUUUACAAAAUGCUCAAUACAGGCGAUUCAUGCAUCCAACGUUAUUCAGUCCACAACGGUUCCAAUACCAGCGACCGCAAAGGUAUCGAUUUAGACCGUCGUAUGCUCAAUGGCGCUACUGACCUGUCUCAACUUGCUUGUAACCUUCCGCACUUUGGAGCUGGCGGGCAUAUUAUUCGAACAAAUGUAUAUGAAACUGGUUCAAUGAUAUUGCGUUAUGGAUCAAUAAAAGCUAAUUGCAUUCAAACACCCACUGAAA